CGUCAGGCGCCGCCUCUUCCCGUCCGCCCCGGCCCGGCUCCCGCCGCUCCCCGGCAGCAUGGCCGUGUUCCACGAUGAGGUGGAGAUCGAGGACUUUGAGUACGACGAGGAGACUGGGACCUACACCUACCCGUGUCCCUGCGGGGACCGAUUCGUCAUCACGCGGGAGGACCUGGAGAACGGGGAGGACGUGGCCACCUGCCCCAGCUGCUCCCUGAUCCUGCGCGUCAUUUACGACCAGGAGCAGUUCAUGCGGGAUGAAGUCGUGGCAGAACCUUUGCCAAACAAGGAAUUGGUCAAGUGCUGAUGAAUGCAUCGUGGACUGUGCUGCUUUGGGAUGAGAAAGUAUGGGGAUGGUGACUGCGGAAAGAGUUGUGGUUCUUCGGGAAGUGCAUGUUGCUGUGGGAUACAAGUGCAAUAAUUGUCUGUCUUCUUAAUAUGGAUGAGAGUUUGUUGGGAUAUCAAACACAUUAAAGCAUUUUGUUCCAAAGGGUUAUACUUUAAAAAAAAUAUAUAAGCUGCUCCAUAUAUUCCAGAAGACUUGAGGAUUAUGAUCCUGAUUUACAGCAAGUCAAUACACAGAAGAAGAGUAUGGAGUUGGAAAUUAUAGCAUUUAGUCUAGCAGUGGCUUCUUAGCCUGUGGAGAAAAACAGGCUUUAUGUGGGUAUAUGCAGGUGUGAAAUGGCACAGAGAGCUGACAUGCUGGGAGGCAAGAUUUCGGAGUCCAUAGGACACAAUGCCGUACAGAGUUAACAGAGUGCAGCUUCUCCCAGCGUGUGGGCUCUCCUAGCCCAUACUGAAUAUGGGGAGAAAACCAGAGACCCAGAGCCAACAUUUACCCAGUGCUCGUAAAUUGUCUUUACUCCUGUAAACACAGGGAAGGUGCAGUUGACUGUGUAUCUGUAGUGGGGGCAACACUUGAAUUGGGGCAGAUUUGUUUCUUAAAUUGCUUCUAAAGUUGCUUAGGAAUGACUUGAGUAGUUGUUACCAAAUGACUCUGACAUAACAGUGAUACACUUUUGAGGGUGUUGUGUGAAAUGGAGUCUUUUUUUUACCCCUGCACAGCUGCUAAUGUACAGGACUGGAACUCAAAGUGGUUUGUAUUUUACCCCUAUAGUCUCAACAACUUUGUGAUUUGACUGUUGCAGUAGAUAUAAAAUGGGCUGCAGUUCCUUGUGCCAUUUGUAGUAAAUUUCUCAACCCUUCUUUAUUAGAUUUUGUCACUUCCUGGAUAGGAGAUGGAUACAUUUCACUUAAUUAAUAAAGGCAUUUUUUAGGGUAGAAAAGAGUUGUGAAAACAUACUGCACAUUGAUUCCAAGACUGCUUCUUGAAUUACUGCACUUGAAUAUUUAUUUAAAAUUGUUGUCAUUCCUGUAUUUUAAUAGGAUUUGACAUCUGUGAAGUUAAAUUUGGGGAAAAGUACCCGUGAAGAGUGUAUGUGGCUAUUUUGCUCCAGGCACUAAAGAUAAGCAAGUUUUAUUGGAUUCUUGCAUUUAGUUAUUUUUGUUCUUACAGCAUUCUGUGACUGUUGAAGAUGAACAUUCUAGUUACUUUAAGAAAAGGAGAGGAAAAAACCCCUACAUCUAGUUGGAAGUUUUGAAUGCAGUAAGCACAACCCAGAGUGUUUCCAUGCCUAAGCCAGGAGGUGGCACUCGUAUUCCUUUGACAUACGUGCUUAAAAAAAAUAAAUGUUGUGGUACUUUGGUUAGCUGUGCCUUAUCGAACAUUUAUUUUGACUAUCAAAAUAAAGAUGUUUUAAGAUUC